AUGGGUCAGAUCACCUUCAAUGGCGAAACUGAUCUCGAGAUCGGUUUGAAGUACGUCAGGAACGAGUUCAUGACGAAAAUAUUCAGAGAGAGGAAGACAGAUGUGGUUUCACUAGUGACAGUGGAAGAUGAUAAAACGCUCAAUGAAGCAGGUCAGAUUGGUGUCUAUGAACAACUGUCUGCACAAAUGCCUCAUUAUGAGCAUUUAGAAUUGCUGUUCAGAGAGCCAACCUCUAUUGAGGCAUCUCAAGAUACUGCAGGUAUAAUACGUGGUUUACUUUCAUCUUUCCAAUCGCUUGUGAAGUUUGUUGGGAAGAAGAAAUAUCAGAAGAACAUUGUCGUUGUAACAAACUCCAAAACAGUUCCUGAAUUGUCAGAAGACUUCCAUGCUGGUGUGAGACAGAUCAUAGCUGAUCAACAGAUUAAGCUCAAAGUCAUCGGUGUCGAUUUCGACACUUCGACACAGGACCGACAAUCUUUGCAGAACAUGACUGCAUGGUAUACGUUGCUUGCUGGGCUCCCAGGCUGUUCCAUCUGCAACGGUGAAGAAGUUUUGAAGGACAUUUGCUCAUCACCACCAAAACCUGUGCGUCCAGUAAAGGUAUUCAAGGGUGACUUAAGGAUAGGUGCCGAUCUUUCUGACCCUGAUUUCGACAUAACAAACGAUAUCAGUUGUAUCAAUAUUGGAGUUGAAGGUUACCCUGGUGUGAAAACUUCAAGGCCCCUUGGAAGGAAAACGUAUGGAGUUGGAGAAUAUGGCCCAGAAAAGGUAACAUAUGUUACAGAAUAUAUGAUACGGCACUACUUUGAUACAGAUGGUAAUUUUGACCAUAUCGAUCCCAACAGGGAGGAGCUUGACGAACGUGAAUAUGAAGUUGAGAUUGUUGAUAAGGCGUCCUUAAUCAAGGCGUACAAAUACGGUACUUCUACGGUGGUGUUGCCAGAGGAGUUGGAAAGAGAGAGAUUGUAUACCACCUCACCGGGCCUAGACAUUGUCAAGGUGAUACCUGAAGACCAUCUUCCAAGAUCAUAUCUCUCAGAUGAAACGGUCUUGGUGUUUGGCCAACAAAAUAUCACCAGUAAUAUGAAGGCAUUGGCAUCCAUUGUAGAUGCACUACAUGAGUUAAAAGCUGUGGCCAUAGCAAGAUACGUUAAGAAGCAAAACGGGGAAGUACAGAUGGUGGCAUUGUUGCCUAUCUAUGUUACAAAGAAGCAUACAAGGAAACGUAAGUUCGAUGAUGAAGACCACAAUAGUACAAGAGCUUUGGCAAUGUCAAGGUUACCAUUCAUGGAGGAUGAGAAAAUGGCUGUAUUUCCAGAUUUGACAAAGCAGGUGACGAGCUCUGGUAAAGCUAUCAAAAGCAAUCAUAAGUUAUUACCAAGUGCUGAAGCACAAGAACAAAUGGAUGCACUUGUUCGUGCUUUGGACAUUGAUCAAUUGGGUAUCGACGAAACUGAUUUUCUUGGUGACAAAAGGGUGUUCAAUCCAUUGACGAAUCCUGUUUCGUUAUCUAAUCAGGAUGCAUUGAUCAAGAGGUCUGUGGGGAGUCGACGUGUUGAUCUAGCACUAAAAGAAAUCAUCACUAGUGCAGUACGAUCCAACACCAAAUUGCAAGACUUUUGUAAAGGUGACGAUGUUAUUCCUCCAAUUCAUAAGUCAAUUGCACUAGAUAUGGAACCUAAUCCGAGAUUGGCUGAGAGUGCAAGCCCAAUUCUUGAAAGACUUGUUACCCUUUUAAACGUCUCAAAGGUGGAUAAGACCACGUACACUAGAAGACGUAAGGCUCUUGACGAAAUUCUACAAGAAGAGGAAGAAGAUGGUUUAUCCUUAGAUGAGCUAUUGAGUCGUGGUGUGCGCAAAUAG